UCAUUUUUUCAACAUGGAAAGUACCAAACAAAAGGGAUUCAGUGAUGCUGAACAGCAUGUGGUAUUGUCUCAAGUUAUAUCUUUGAAUAGAUCAGAGACAAAACAAAUUCGUGUCGGCUUAAAAGUUACGUGUUUCGGUCAAUUCGUCCCGGUUGUGCAAUUUAUGGGCGUACGCCCGAAACGCGCCAUAUUGUCAAUGACACGAGAAGAAUGGACCCUUUUUUUCAACGAUUUGGAUGCCGUAACCGACUACUUUGACCCUGAGAAGUUUCACCCAAAGAUCAACCACAAUGUACCUGCAAAGGAAUUUGGGGCCAUAAACGUGAAAUUCCACCGUAGUUUUGAAAAUCCCUGCGUGACCUCUGUUCGCAAUGAUGAUGCAAAUCAAACUCCCAUAAUGAUGAUGGGGCAGAGCAUCAUUACAUUGAAAAACAAAGCUGCAUGGAUUAAUCAGUGGCUGGAUUUCUUGGAGACAUUGCCUCUCAAGGAAUAUAACGAAUCGCUUAUACGAUCAAUUACAGGCAUUGCUAUGAAUUAUAUGGAAUAUAAUAGAAUGCCUGCCACGGAGGAUCUUUAUCAUCGCAUACGCAAAAAUUUCGAGAAUAUGUAUCUCAUGGCUCGCGAUGAUCUCCGACGUACAAUACCCCACGACAAUCUCGCAUAUUUGUACCAAUUAUUUGGAGAAUUUUUCCAUAAUUGUUUUAAUUAUUUAGAUAAAUUCGCGGGAGGGGCUUACAGAAUGCCCUCAUAUUGAAAAAACCAUACACAUAUGAUUUUAUGUAAAUGAUUUGUAAAAUGGAACCUACGAUUUUAUGAAAUAUAAAAAAAGAUAAAAUUUAAACCCUAUGUUGAAUUAUUUAUUACAAAAACCCUCAACAUCUUUUCAGGUAUAAAAAAAAAAGACGGAAGGCAAAAAAAGCUAUUGGCUUUUAGAUAAAAAAAACUUUUGAAAGGAAAAAACACGCAAUAAAAAGAAAGAGAAAAACAUAGUCAAAAAAAAGGAGACAUCGUUGAGAAUUUUUCCAACGAUCUUCCAUAGAAAGGGAAAAUUUAUUGCCCUAAAAACCUGUAAAAAAAAAAGCAUCCAUUUACUACGCCAUUCAUACAAGGGCAUUGCGCAAUCCUCCAUCUAAAAAAAAAUAAUGGGCCAGUUUCCCUUAACACGUGAACAACAUUCCAUUGCAUAACAAUGGGAUGGUUUUAAGUGUUUUGCGACCUGCUCGCAUUCCUUCGUCACCCACCCACCACCCACUUCCUGUCGAACAAUGACAUUUUUUGGGGACCCUCACCCCAGGGGGCCCUAGAGCGGCGACGUCCUCCUCAAAGGACAAUGGGGAAAACGUGUUCGGACACGUCUGGAAAAAGGGGGAAGGGGGACGAUUCCUGGAAUAAAAUUCACCAAUCGUGCCCACUUACUACUGUAAUUAUUUCUAAAAUCUGUGCCGUCCGGCACCAUUGUUUUUGGGCGAUUCCCUCUCCGCCACCCCUCGCCCAAGGGAGACGGGAAGAAACUCUCUCCACUUCCCCUCGCCCAGGGAAGUGGCAUAUUUCUAUAAACGCAGAUCUUAUUCUCUAAAAAUAAUAUGAAUUAAUUUUGACGGCAUCGAGAUGAGGAGUUAAAAAUAAAAUCGCAAAUACUCUCCUUAGUUCUAUCCUAACUAUUAAUGAUGCAAUCUCACCUGUGGCUCGUUACCCACGUGUUUUAUUGUCGACCGGCGACGACCGGCCAAAAUCCAACGGAUGAUCUCCCUGACCUUAUUCCUCGAACAAAACUCGUGGCUUUUGGUCUCCAGGGUGUCUCCUUAAAUUGAUGUCGCGUCGACGAGAAGUUUUCACUAUUUAUUGCACUCAAAUGUUAUUUAUAUUUGCACCUCAAUAUUUAGCGUCCGUCACACGUGUUUUCCGACAAUGGAAUAAUCACAAUAGGCGAGUUGUGUCGUGCUCGGUAUUAAUGGCGCUGGCGUCUCUGUGUCAACCAGAGGCACGCGCGCCAACCGCAUUCAAAAUUCAAAUGGGGUUUCUCUACCCUCCUAGCAUCUCUGGAUCGGACGAUGAUUCUUUAUUAUUAUUUUUCCCUUUAUCCUUAAACAUUUUGUCCACGGAACGCGAUUAGAUCCUUCUGGUUGUUUUCUCGAGGAUCAGAGGAAAGUGGGAACCUUAAUUUUUACCCUAAAGUCUAACUUUUUAUUAUUUAUUUUAAAUUCAGCCUUUUGGCUAUCCUAGGGGUUACUAGGACUGCUCUAGGCCCCUAGGUCUGCCACCCUAAGCCCAAAACGUAUCUCCCCCUCCUGCUUGAUCCCUAAAUCGAGCGGUAUUUUUCGUACUCCUACACGUAUCCAAAAAAAUCUAAACGGGGGGAGUGAUCCUCAGGAAAUUCCACGUAGUUCGGUAAAUUUGGCUCAUAACCGGGAAUUCCCCUUGGUCCCCGCAUCCCUAAUGUUUCCGAUCACACAAACUCCUAUUACUCCUUCCUAUCUAAUUCUCGGGUUUUUACCCGCAUGAACUGGGGAGUUAUUCUCCCGGUUACUCUAAUUCCCAAUUUUCUUUUCCCUAACUUAUAUCUAAGCCUCUCUCGCUCUCUCUCUGUGUACUCACCCCCUUCUGGAUAUCUUCUUUGGAUCCCGGCAUGUUUUAAGGAAUUCUUGAAAAUUUCUUACAGCACCCAAAAACUAGCUAGACGGCAUCCUUAUUUCGUCCGGUGUUCACGAGUUCGCGCGACAUGUAUGAUUCGAUGAUUCUCGCAAUGUUCGCGCCACAGUAGCCAUUCAAUCGCGAUUUUCGACUGCGUUUUCCCUGACCGAUAUCCUGUCUGAGGUAUAUUGCCUCUGCUUGUAUUCUAAGAAAUUUGUUUGGAAAAUACUCAUGCAGGUAGACGCAACCGUUACACACUCUGUAUGUUUUGUAACGGCUUUCCUGUGGCCUCAGCGAAAACUCAAUACCCUAACAUCCAAAUGUCUCGACUAUCCAUAAACCUGGCCAAACCAUUACCUUCGUUCUGGUAAUUCGACAAAUCCGUAACCCCAAAAACUUAAUACAUAAACGGGAUCUCGGGGAAAAUUAGCAGCUCAAGUGUCCUCUCUUAAAUAAUUUAGGGCGCCAGCCGAUUUUUAACGACGCGGAAUCGACGAACCGCAGAUAAACCAGACUUUAAUCAAGAAAAUGAUUACUAAUUAUCCCCCAAGAUCCACUAACGACAAAACGGAAUUCGAAAACCAUACUUGGAAAUGUGGAUUACGUCCGGGUACGGGACUGCGCGGUUGCUCAGUGUGUGGGUCGUGGAGAGAGGGGUGGUUUCGUGGACGAGAAAAACAAGAACAAUGAAAACCCAUGAUCGGAAUCGAAAUCGAGUGUCUCAUCCUUAAUUCUAGAUGAGGAACAGGCGUAGGCUAAUAAUGGACAAUAAAUGGUUAAUUCGAAUUUGAUUAAUCAUCAGUAAUUUAUUUUUAAUCCUCAUAAUUUAAUAUAUUAAAUGACAACAAUUCAGUCUAGGAGAUCCGGACUUUUUAGAAUUAAAUAAUUAAAGGGAUCCCUUGCGAAUUUAUUUAACUAUGGAAUUUACUCGAAAUAUUCCUCUUUAGCCAGGUCAAGUGGGUGACGAGUCAGGAAUUAGACACGAAUCUGAGAGAGAGAGAAGAGGUACAGGUAGCGUGAAACCGAGAGAGAGCGAGAUAGGUAGCUUACCGGAUUUUUCAGAGCGAGUGCGGUUAUGAAGGUAGUUCAACAAUAGGUAGCUCGCGAUAUUAAUAAUUAAUUCCCCCGGAAUGGGACUGAUCUCUAACGGGAACUAUUAACGGAUUAAGAUAGCUGUCGAUUAAUUUGAUGAAUUAUACUAAACUAUGUGAAUGAACGCAUAACGAUACCACUUCGUGUGUUCGAGACUCAUCUUUAAUACUUCAAAUAACGAGUUGGUCACGUUCAAUGUGCGCAAUUAAUUCGAGUCGCCGAUAAUUCGUCAAAUACACCGUCUGUACCGCCAUUUGUGUCAUUCAGCGAUAUCGCCCGCUUUCCUGCCUAAAUUCGAUAGGUACGAUUUCUGAUUAUAGGUAGCUUAUUUUUCUAGUUAGCGAAGAUAUUUUGUUAGGGAUUUGAUAAAUUUAACCGGGUAGGGUGGAUGGGAAGCGGAAGUGGUGAGAUAGUUUUCCAAUGGGAUAAAAAAAAAACCGUGGAUUGAGCCGCAACGCGAAUCACUUUAAUUUAACCCUACUGUACAAUAUUUACACGUGAUGACUGUUCACUUUCUGAUGAUGAUUGUAACCGAUAAGUUCCAAUGAUGAGAAACCAAAAAAAAACGAUAAGAAAAGAUGUAUUAAGGGGUUACAUGGGUUUCACGGUUUCAAAAAAUCGAUUUUUUUUUGUCUUAUUAAAUUCUAUAACAUCUCUAGAAUAUUGUCCUAAAUUUUCAAGUUGAUCCGAGUAAUAGUUUCGGAGAUACAGCCCUGAAAAGACGAACGCUCCAGGUCAGGUAAUUCAAAGUGUCUAGAGCCGUUUAAAGUGUCUAGAGCCCAGAUAAGCCAGGGUUCGUCAUCGACAGGAGCAAAAGGAUGCCCUGGACAUUGCAGCUGCAGCAGGUUCUCUACUUUAUGGCCCAGGAAUCGACGAUUCAAUAUAAUCCUGAAAGAAGUUCUGCUGACAACGCGGAGGCACCUUUUUUCCGAGGGACUGCCGGAAAUGGCGUCGUAAUGGCCGCCAUCUUGAUAUUUUUUUUUGAAAAUUUCACAAAAUGUUUA